AUGAACCCUCUGACCCAGAUCAAGAACACGCAGAAGGCCACCCGCCGCGAAUGGGCCCUGGGGAUCGGAGAUUCCGCCUCGUGGCACGCGCGCUUCGCGCACUCGGCCUACGUCUUCGCGGGGGGGCUGAAUUACGAGCUGACGGAGGGGGACCUGCUGGCGGUGUUCGCGCAGUAUGGCGAGGUGGUGGACGUCAAUUUGGUGACGGACAGGGAGACCGGCAGGUCGAGGGGGUUCGCAUUUGUGGCGUACGAGGACCAGAGGAGCACCGUGCUGGCGGUGGACAACCUCAGCGGCGCCAGGGUGGCGGGCAGGACGAUCCGUGUGGAGCAUGUGGACAAGUAUAAGAUGAAGCAGAAGGAGGUUCCUCAGGCAGAGGCGGUGGGCGGCAAUGCGGAAUGGGAGGGGCAGCAGCGGAGCCGACCAGACAGGAGCGCGGACGAUGUAGGGAGGUGGCAGCAUGACAAGUUCCAUGAAAUGGAGGCAGGGAACACAGAGGCCGGAGAACCAAGGGCAGGUGUGGCUGUGCACGGCAAUGGCGACGUACCCUUGGGCCCAGUGUUUCAACAGAUGAGCCAGCACCUCAAGGAAACUGCCAAGAAGCUGGUGCAGGAAAAGCAGGGCAGCAAGCCAGACAGUGCAAAUUUCAAG